CUCCCAUCGGACGCGUCCCAGGUGGCGGAUAGGGGGAGCUAAGCAUGGUCUUUUUCGACACAUUGGACAUAAUGGUCGAAAACGACGAUGCUAGCUCGAGAUAAGGCAGACCGGACUAGAUACAUUUUUGACAAAUGGUCUAACAAGCCUGUCAUAUCUAGAUGAGUGCAUGAAUCAGGACAAUCUUUUAUCACAUCAGUGGAUACAUUUUUGACAAAUGGCCUACUGAUAUGUAAAGAGAUGGUAGAGUGCUGAUAUGAUUUAUGGUACAUCUGAUAACAGGCGGUCAUAUAUGAUAACAGGACUUCUCCUGUUCCCCAUGCACAAAUCCGCGGACCAAAACUGUCAACCCCACCCCCAUCCCCAUAUUUCCCAAUCCACCUAGUUUAUCCCUCUUCAAUCCAAUCCCAAGAACCCAUUCCCUCAUCCCCCACUUGUAAGGUUAAGGUGGUUGGAAGCAGUGCCGAGAACCUGAAUGGCUAGUUAGUGGUUAAAGAGGACUAGUCGUUAACAGCUCCCCUCCGAUGCCAGGGCACGGAUCGGUUGUAAUGCUUAGCCUAGCCCACGUACGCCGUCCCUGCGUGGGUCGUCCACCCAUUACGCGCCUACUCGUGGGAAUCACAUGGAGAAAAAAACAAAUAAACAAACAAAAAACAAACAACCCGUGGAAAGCCAGUUGGGGAAACCUAAACUGGUGGACUGCAAACAGCCUGCUAUCCAACCUUCUGGUGAUAGCACGGCUGAACGCAGCGAGGAAAUCUUGUCCGUAGUGGCAAGCACCUCAUCAGCUGCACAAGCCUUAGCUGGUACGCCAGCAAAUACCCCUGCCUCGGGCACUGCGGACCAAGCAGUGACCCCGCGACUUCUGGACAGGUUGGAUCGUCGAACUCGAUGUCGGGUCCAACUAAUGCCCCCUCAACCGCCCUCACGGCUAACGAAAACCCCCCUAGUCGCAAAGAUCCAUCUAGGAAGGCUUUUGUUCAAAGGCGUGCCGCCAUGCGUUUAGUCGAGCGACUUGGAGUUAAGUCGGUCGAUACGCUUACCACGGACGAAAAAUCGUCCCUAGAUUGGGCUAAAGCCCUACUGGCUCAGCCGGAGUGUUCUGACCCUCCUACAACCUCAGAUGCAGCGGACCAAGCUACAUCUGCAGGGCCUAAACGGCAGCGAUCGGAGGAAGAACAUGCUCUCCAGGCAGUCCCACAGCCGAAGACUAAACGUCAGAAGCAGUUCGAGACUCGUAUAGUCAACAGACCCUACAGCGAAGUUGCCAAAAACCCGCUGGUUAGGGCCAUUGUUGACAAGAGUGUCAACGACGGAGCUAUCUCCCAGGAUAAAUGGUUGAUAAUCCGUCAAAAAAUGCUGGAGGUGUAUUGGAAAAUUCUCAAAGAGAAUCCCGGUCCAUCUCCGCAGAAUGAUGAUGCUGGCUGGUACCAAGGUCACAUCAAACUGCUGGCGUGCACGAACGAGCGCUCAGCAAACUUGCUUAAGUUGGCGGUUACGUCUAUAGGGGAAGUGUGGCCCGGCGCGAAACUUGACGUGAUCCCGGUUAGUGAGAUACCUCGCAGACCGAGAUCAAUCACGGUUAUUCCGGCGGAACCACACGAACCAGAGGCGAUUCUGGCGUACCUUCAGAGUGGAAACCCUGACCUACCUACCCACAAUUGGAAGGUAGUCAAGGUCUCCGAACCUGAAGGUGCUAACAGAAAGGCGGUCGUGGUCCUUAAUAAGGAAUCGGAUUUGAUAGUAUCAAGCUGCGCGUCUACCGGGGUGACGACAAACUAGACCCCAAACCGGUAAGCACGGACGGAGGAAAGGUAGACGAUACCACUAACUCUGACGACCAAAUGGACGCCCAAUCAAGUACAGACUUGAUUGGGAAUCUAUUUGAUAGCCAGGGCGAAGUGAUUGACGAAGACGAGCUUCUGAAAACAGACCCAGAAGACGCCGACGUCACAAUCGUCUACGACCCUGACCAAGAUGAAGGUGAUCCAAGUGAACCUUCACCACUCUAAAGCAGCUUCAGCUGCAUUACACCUCCACCUUGGAUAUCAAGGGGAGGAUAUAGCGUUGAUCCAAGAGCCGUGGACCCAUAACGGCAACAUACUUGGAAUCAACGUAAAAGGCUAUAAAAUACUAUACGCAAAAGGCACAGUGAUGAAGAUACAGUAACCGCAGCAUGGGAGACAGAGGAAUCCACAAUGUGGAUCCUCUCCUGCUAUAUGGCGCACGACCAGACAGACCCCCCGCCAAGUAACACGGUCGUCAGGGCAGUAAGUGCAGCAAACGGAAAACGCAUCCCUGUUAUUAUAGGCGCAGAUGCAAACGCACACCAUACACUAUGGGGUAGCACCAACAUCAACACACGAGGUGAGUUCGUAUUAGACUUCAUUUUAAACCAUAAUCUUGAAGUAGUAAAUAGAGGUUCAGAACCUACAUUUGUAGUUGCAAAUAGACAAGAGGUACUGGACAUAACGCUUGUAAAUACAAGUCAUUCGCACAUAAUCCGAAACUGGAAAGUAUCGGAAGAUUGUUCCUUUUCAGAUCAUAGAUAUCUCGUAUUCUCGAUAGAAAAAACACAGGAAAGGAAAACCCCCUUUCUAAACAGAAGAAAGACAAGAUGGGAACAAAACAGCAGAUAUUGAUAGAGCUGUAGACAACCUUACACGCUCUCUUAAUCAAGCAACAAGAAGAACAUGCAAACCUUCGAUACCAAAGGGUAAAAGUAAACCUCCUUGGUGGUCCUCGGAAAUAGCGAAGACUAGGAAUAGAUGUCGCAAACUUUUCAAUGAGGCCAAAAGAUCAGGUGAAUGGUCCACAUAUAAAGCCUCAUUGAAUAAAUUUAAGAAUCAGGUUAGGAAUGCUAAACGCUGCUCAUGGAGAAGCUUCUGUGGUAGCAUCGAAAGCUCUUCAGAGACAAGUCGUUUAUGCAAAAUCCUGUCUAAAUCACAAACCGUUCAAGGCUACAUUCAAAAGCAAGACGGUGAGUGGACAACGAGUGGACAAGAAUCCCUACAGGAAUUAAUGGACACUCAUUUCCCAGGUAACUUACCAUUAGAUACUACAAUGGAAAGACCACAAACGUACUGUCAAACCCCGAUCGGAAUCACUAUAGACGAGGGAAUGAUAAAAUGGGCAAUAAACAGCUUUAACCCAUAUAAGUCACCGGGCCCGGACGGCAUAAUUCCAGCUGACCUGCAAUAUAAUGCAGAAUUAGUUAUACCAUGGCUACUUGAAAUAUUUCAAGCCUGUCUUACAUGGUCAUACGUACCAGAACAAUGGACCAAAUGCAGUGUGACGUUUAUCCCCAAAGGAGGAAAAACAACGCACAUUAAGGCAAAAGAUUAUAGGCCCAUAAGUCUAUCAUCGUUUCUGCUUAAGACCCUAGAGAGGAUCAUUGACGUCCACAUAAGAUCGUCAAUAGAUCCUAUGCUCCUAUCUCCCUCACAACAUGCCUACACCAAAGGCAAAUCAGUUGAGACGGCCCUACACUCACUAGUGGGACAUAUAGAAAAGUCCUUGGAAUUUGGUGAAUACACGUUAGUGGCCUUUCUGGACAUAGAAGGAGCCUUUAACAACGUCAAACCCGACAUCAUCAUAUCAGCUCUAGAAGAGCUCGGUAUUGAGACAUCAGUGAUUAAAUUCAUAAAAGACCUUCUUCAACACAGGAUUAUCCGUUCUAACAUGGGAAUGGCAUGUAUUCAAAGAAUGGCAAUCAGGGGCACACCUCAAGGUGGAGUCCUAUCACCACUUUUAUGGAA